AUGCGCAGAAGUGACCUUCUAAACCAGUACCUGAAAGACAUUGAAGAUCAGAUUGAGACUGAGGAAGACCUAGCAGAAAAGAAAACCCUUGUUGAUAAAGUUUUGGACAGGUUAAUCAACAAGGUAAGAAUGCAACCACAUAUUAUUCAGUCCUCGAUAAAAUACCAACUUAAAGUAUUUCCUAGCCUUUUUCACAGCACAACCUCUUGAAUAAAUUUCUUAACAAGCUCUGUCACUUUAAACUCAGAUGAGUUACAAUUUAUUUUUUACAGAUUUUCAUGGAAAGUUACCCCUUAAGUAACAUUAUAACAUGCUCAUCAUUUGCCAUUUUCAAGAACACUGUGUUUACCUAAAGUGACUCUAUAUUCUUCAAAUAUUUAGAAAGUGCUUCAGUUUUCUAGAAGGUUCUAUGGAAUAUUUAGGGCUUUACUUAACUAUUAUUUUGAUUACAGAUCAAAAACAAAUUGCAAAUACUUGGUAUUACUUACAGUAUUUUUAUUCUAUCUUAAUAUCAGGGAUAUAUAAUGCUUCAGCUAUGAUCUACAACUAUUUUCUGCUUGAAAUAUCACAAAAUGUUGAAGUAUACUACAGCUUGGUUGUAGGAAUAAGGAAAUUACACUAUAUACUUUGUUUAAGCAUAAUUAGGUGUUUGUAUUUCAGUGCUGACAACUGUUUGUUUCUCCAGCCAGCUCCAGCUAGAAUAAACAAAUUUAAGUAGAUUAUAAAAAAGCGUGGAUAUUUUUGGAAUUAAUUGAAUACCUCAGAUCACGUAAAGGGAGGCGUGCCUAGUGCAUUUUGCACAGCCAAAGGCCUCAUUAAACUCAUUAUCGGAGUCCUCCAAGGCAGAAAAAAGACUGUCUAGAAAUGUUAAUUUAGUAGAAAUGGGAGGGAACAGACAGUGUCUUUUAUUCCAGCAUAAUUAAGAGCAUAAUACAUGUACCUCCCGCCAAGCAUUAUUAUAUUGAGCUUAAUGACUUUGUCUCAUGGGAUAAAGGCCAAAAGCGUAACAAUGUGUUUUUUUGGAUAAUCCAUCAGAACCUAGAAAGUGAGCACGAGACAUGACAAGCCUAAUAGGCAAAUCUACUUGUUCCAAAUUACAAGACAGGAUUUUUUUUCAAGUCCUUUUAAUACCCAACAGCAUCUUAUUCCGGAAAGACCAAAUUUGAGAAAGAAAAAUAUUGAAAAAUAUUACUACUGCAAAUUUAAAUCAAUAAACUACAGAAUUUUACCUAUAAAGUCAAAAGUAUAGACUGAGUUAAUUUUCUUUGUUCAUGAUUAAUGCAAGGGAAAGAAGGUUUAGGACAUGCAAUUUACAAUGGAUCGCUGAGAGAACAGUUUCAUCCUCUAAUAAUUACAACAAUGCUUCGCAUCAAAACCCAUAAACCAUGAGCAAGGUUGGGGAUACAACAAUAGAGUACUAAAGUGUGACGUCAUAAAAAUGAAAUUUUUGAAAUUAUGGGAUUUGUCACAAUAUUCUGAAAGAACAAUGUCCAAUAGGCCUACUUGCCAAAAUGAGCAUUUGGGGGCAUUAAUUGUCUCUGAGAUCGUAGCCCAGUUAUGCUUACAAAACUCCAUACAAACCCUUCUAAAUUUUUUUGGGGUCGACCCAAAAAAAAAUUAGAAGGGUUUGUAUGGAGUUUUCUGAGUAUAACUGGGCUGCGAUCUCAGAGACAAUUUGCCCCCAAAUGCUCAUUUUUGGCAAGGAGGCCUCUUGGACAUUGUUCUUUCAGAAUAUCGUGACAAAUCCCAUAAUUUCGGAAAUUUCAUUUUUAUGACGUCAUCACUUUAGUACUCUAUCCCAACAACAACAGUGGUACAAAUAGUGCUGCUCCAAAACUCAACACUGUGGCCUGAUAUGACCUGCGGCAUGCGGUCAAAACAUGGCGAUCAUUAACUAUGACUAUCUUGAGACAAACAGUAAACAAAACCCUUUAAUGCAUAAUCCAUUUCUUCAUUGCCUUUUUAGGACCAUGUUAUCUUGGCACUGAAAGAGUGGGGCGAGUCAGAAGAGGGAUACACACCAUCAGAGGAUGAGGACCCGUUUCUGGUUGUUCACCCAAACUUUGUCAUCGAUUGA